AUGUCUGCUUAUGAAAAUGUCAUUGUGGGGAAGCUGAGGCUUAAGGGCAAAGCUUUGAACGUAAAGGACUGUGGCCUCAAGAAGAAAAAGAAACACAAAGACCGAUAUGUAAUAAGCAGUGAUAUUGGCCACGAUCAAGUGACAGAUCCUUGUAAUUUGGACAAUGGGGCAAUUGCACAGUAUGAAGGAGUGCACAAUGAAGAUGACCGUCUGACUCCAGCCGAGAGGCAUUAUAUGGAACGUUGGCAGAAAAUGGAGCUGCGAAGGCUUGCCAAAGCUGCUAAGAAGUCUCACCGUGAUAGGAUUCAUGAGUUCAAUCAGUAUUUGGCUAAUCUUACCGAGCACUAUGACAUUCCCAAUGUAGGGCCUGGCUGA